AUGCAUAGAAAAAAGACCGCGAAAAAAGAAGAAGAAGAAGAAGAAGAAGGGAAUGCAUAUAUGCUAACUUCCGUCGGCUCCAAGUUCGGUAUUACACCUGUCUUCAUGGCCAAACCACGUCAAGGCCUCCCCGGCAACAGCGGCCACAUGCAUAUCUCCCUCGUCGACGAAUCGGGAGCCAACCUGUUCGUGCGCGAGUCUCCCGAUCCCUCCCCGCCGUACCCUGACCUAGCCUACAUCUCUGACAUCGGACGACAUUUCCUUGCUGGAAUUCUGUCUGGCCUGCCCGAUAUAAUGCCCAUUGUCGCUCCCACAAUAAACUCGUACAAGCGACUGGUAGAAAACUUCUGGGCGCCCGUGACGGUUUCAUGGGGCCUGGAGCAUCGCGCUGCGUCUAUCAGGGUGAUCUCCCCGCCGACCUGCAGCGGGAAGGGAACGAGAUUUGAAAUCCGUGUCCCCGGCGCCGACGUCAACUCGCACUAUGUCCUCGCUGCAAUUGUUGCACUGGGAUGGCGUGGAGUGGAGAAGAAGCUUGACAUUCCCAUCCCUCCACUGCCCAAGGGCGAGGAUGUCGGCGGAACCGCAGACAAGGGCGAGCGGCUGGCGAAGAACCUGAAGGACGCCGUUGCUCGGUUCACGGCCAAGGAGAGCGUUGCUCGCGAGGCGCUUGGAGACGACUUUGUAGAUCACUUUGGUGGGACGAGAGAGCAUGAGAUUCGUCUCUGGGAAGAGGCUGUUACCGAUUGGUAUGUUCUAUUUAAUUUUUUUGUUUUUUUUACUGCUGCGUUCCUUGCAUCUGGUGUCACGAUCAAAUCUGGCUAA